UGCAGUUUUGAACUGGAGCCGUCGCAAAAUAGCAGCGGCGGUUAAUCGAAAUACCGAAAAGUAGUCUUUCUUCGAUCCGGCCUAAACGAUUCUCUUCGUUUCUCCUCCCGCGGGCGGACGGACCCUCAUUGAAGAUGGCUGGAGGAAAAGCUGGGAAGGACUCCGGAAAGACGAAAACCAAGACAGUAUCCCGGUCACAGAGAGCCGGUUUACAGUUUCCUGUUGGUCGUAUUCACCGGCACCUGAAAUCAAGGACAACAAGUCAUGGACGUGUGGGGGCUACAGCUGCUGUGUAUAGUGCUGCUAUCUUAGAGUACCUCACAGCUGAGGUUCUUGAGCUGGCAGGGAACGCAUCUAAAGAUUUGAAGGUAAAGCGAAUUACUCCUCGUCAUUUGCAGCUUGCAAUAAGAGGUGAUGAAGAACUGGAUUCAUUAAUCAAAGCAACAAUCGCUGGUGGAGGUGUAAUUCCACAUAUUCAUAAAUCUCUCAUUGGAAAAAAAGGUCAACAAAAAACAGUUUAAAGGAUUACUUAUUAGAACUUUCAAAAAGCUAUGUUGUCCAUUGUUAGUGGAUUUCCAAUGGACUUCAUCUGUGAAAUACAAUUUUGCCUUUCUUUAAUCUUGAAGAUUGAGCCCAUCAAGCUUUCUAACCAAAAUUCUGCGUUGAAGUCUUAAUCUUAUUUAAGUGUUACAUGGCUUCAGAGAAGCUAUUGUCUGUAGUGGUUCUUGACUGUUUUAGAUAUGUUGGAUUUUAAUGGGAUUGUUGACAUUGUUGCUAAUCUGUAAUUUUUAAUGCAUUGAGUACAUUUAUUCAAUUAUACUAUAAAAUUUAAAACAGAUUUGGACAUCAGCAUUGCUAAUUAAAUGAAAUUAUAAAAACUUGAAUUAUAAAGCUUUGAUGUCACUCUUGUAGUUAAGAACAAAAAGUUCCAAAAGAGAAAUAUCAGCAUUGUCUUAUGUCUUUGUACAGAACCUUAAGUCUGGUGAAGGAGUUAAAUGAAUGGAUUGCUUUAAGGCAGUAUGUUUGAACCAUUUUUAAGUUGCUGAAAAUGUGUAUGAUUAGUUAGGUCAAGUUCUUGAAAGGUACUUUACAGUAAGCUAUGUAUUUAUAUUGUUUAACUAUUUGGUCCCCAUUUCAUGGAAGCUGCUAAUCUUACUGAGUGCUAACAUGCAUGCACUGUGCUAGCACACAUAUAGAUUAAAACCCUUGCAAAACUGUUCCAAGACCAAUCACUGCCAAAGGAAUCACAUUAAGCCAUAUGACAUGGUUUUGGUUUAAUGUGUAAAGCUAAGCAUUGUGACUUGUAUGCCACGUCUGACCUGGGGUACUGUUCAUGCUGUGCCUUCUUGUGUUUAAUCUUCAGUACUUGCAGCUGCAUUGCUUCAGCUACCAGUUGAAAUAAGCAUUGUUUAGACAAUUCCAUCCAGUUCCCUGUAUACUAAAAUUGAAACUUCCAAUUGAAUUUAAUAUACUCAGCAUAAGACUGUCCUCUCCCUUUCUUCACUCACCUAAAAAUACAUGCCUUAGAAUGUAUACUUUCAAAAAAACCUGACAUUUCGUGACCUGAGUUUCCUGGGAAGAGGGACUAUAUUACUUGAAUUUACUGUAUUUCUGCCUUGUCAACCCUGUAUGUCAUAAUAGAUCAUUAAUUUGUUUACAGAAAAAUGUACAUUCUAAGUUUAUUAAAUUAAAACCAAAUCAUAAAUCUUAAGUAUUUCUAUAGAGCAUCAAUUAGUUUAGAUUAAGUUGCUGAAAGAUUUUUAACCAUGAUGGUUGUAUUGACCCCCAAUUAAUGAGUUGGAAAAAUAAACAAGUAUUACUUACCUGUUCUAGUGGGCAUCAUCUGUAAUGUACAAAUAAAGUUACUGAAAAAUA